AUGUGGAUAUCGCUGUUGUUCCUGCUCUUCCCGUCUGUUUUGCUCUUCUUUGGCUUUGGCUGCCGGUGCACUUCCAGCUUUGUGUGUCCGGGGAUCUGCCGGUGUUCCUUCAACACCAUUACAUGUAACAACAUCACGGAGAAGUCCGUUCCAAUGAGCGAAAGGGGUCCAAGACUGUAAGUGGUUAAUAUUACAUCUAAGCUGAUGAAUAUUUUGUGGAUGGAUAGUUUACAUAAUAUUGGUGCGCAUUUACGCACGGGUCAAAUCAAUUGGAACCAGAGCGCAUGCAUGCAAAUACAAUGUUAAAAUCGUUUAAAAGAUUAGGCAUGUAUGGUGGUGUUCACAAGUGUUCACUUCUGUUAUUACUUGCCUUGAUAGACUACUAUUGGUGUUACUUUCAGAAGAUGUAGCGGAUAAUUGAUCAAUUACAUAAGCCUAUGUAAUAACGUUUACCAAUAACGUUUCCAUUGGGUAGGUUGUGAGGGGCACAUUAUGUUCCAAAGCCUUGUAAGUCUACGAAAACUUGCUUUCUAUGCAUUGAAAAUUCCCAGCAACAUCAUUUUGGUUUGAUUAUACCCAACAAGUUCAAGCUACUGAAUUUGAUGUAAUGCUCUGGAACCUUUCUCCAGUCCUUAGAGGCUGACUGAGAUACGUUCUGUUUAUGCUGUUUCAUCCUCAAAUCCCUAGGCUCUAAAACACUAUUAUGGCCAACUUGUGAAUUUGGAAUUAAUUGAUUUGGAUAUGGCUAAAUUCAGGUUUCCUAUUGUAUUCUACACUAUUAUUUUAUAUUUGAAACAUACUAGCCUGUGUGUGUGUGUGUGUGUGUGUGUGUGUGUGUGUGUGUGUGUGUGUGUGUGUGUGUGUGUGUGUGUGUGUGUGUGUGUGUGUGUGGAGCAGGGCCAGGUGAUAAUUCGAGGUGCCAUCUAUGGAGAGAAAUCCAAAGCUGCAUGUUGUAAAUUAGUUCAAAGCAAAUCUCUCUUGGCAGAGUAUAGAGGCCAUCUCCUGCAGUCAAGUUUCCAUUAAAGGGAUAGUUCAGUUUUCUGAAGUUUAGCAUUGCUACAUUCUGCAAAAUUGUGAGCCAGAUUAUUCUUGAAAUUGCUAAAUAACCAGCCAAUUGAUUUCAAAAUGUUUCAGAGGACACAAAAACACCCUAUAGAGAAGUCAAAAAUAAGCUGAACAUUAAAAGUGAACUAUCCCUUUAAAGUUGUCUGUCUGUAAGACACAUUUUGGCAGACAGACUGUUUAUAAAACCCCUAUAAGUCUUCUGCCAGAUCAUUUGCUGAGGUCAUUUUUACACAGCCAGUUCUCCAGUGUUAAAUCAACACUGACGGGUCCACACUUAGUUUAACUAGUGUUAAAUUAAUGUCUACUUAGUGUAAAGCCUUAUUUGCAUAUUUCCUAGAGUGCCUUGCCUUUCGAGUGAAUUGUAGACUUAGCACCCAUGACUGUAUUUGUUAGGGACAGUGACAUGGUUGUUGCGUUCAUAAAUGCUCAGUCCUGUGGCCUUCACCAAGUGAGAUCCUAAGUGAAUAUGUUAUCAUUAACAUUUUAUCAUUUAGCACAGUAACAAGUAUUUAGUAAGGCCUUAUUUUGAGGGCCUAGUUUAACCCUAAUAAAGUGGCCUGAAACUCCUGUUUUUCAGGCCUUGCAAGUCACAUUAUGAUGGCUUGCAAAGUGCUGUGUAAUUCUUACUGGAAGCCAGCCAGAGUGGGUGUAUCCAACAUUUUGCAUUUUCAUUCAACACUGCCUGCAUUCAGAAUGACUGCCAAAUUGGGUAAACUAAGAUAUGAGACUACCUAAGCCAUCUAAACUGGAACAACCAUUUCAGUAAUGGGUGCAAUAAGUCCAAGUAACAGAUUGGAUUUGUUUAUAAAAAUGUAUUUUAUUUAUAUUUGAGUAGCAUAAUAUUAAUUAAUCAAUCAAUAUACAUGCAAAAAUAUACAUAUUGAAACAAACUAUUCUAAAAAUCAACCUGCAACAGAGCAUGCUGGGAAAUAUGAUAAUGGUGGGCGUGGUUUGGUUUAAAACUGGUUAUUAACACCAACACUGGGGUUCUUUUGAAGGAAUGAGUGUUAAUUUAACACUUACAUAAUUCAUUUAACACCAGUAUGAAAAUGUUUACUGAAUCCUGUCCAGGCAGUCUUCACAAAUGACCAUGUUGUACCUUUAAGAGGCUAAAGCUUGCCUAGUUAAAUAAAGGUUAAAUAAAAUAAUAAAAUAAAGCCACAACAAGACCUAAUGGAAUCAGUUAUCUAGUGUUGAUUUUUCAGUUUAACAUUUCUAGGGUUGAUUCAGGAGAACACUAUGUUUUUUGUUAGACUCCCCCUGCAGUGUGUUUGGUAAUGAACAAGGUAUGAUUCACUUCAACACUUUUAAUGAAAAAAGACAUUGAGAGGAAGGGUAAGAAAAACAUAGUUUAUCACCCUCACGCAUUUUUACCUUGCACUUGUUAAUUUAUUCAAGGCUUAAUUGCCAUUCAUUCUCCAAGCUAUCAGACAAUCACUAGGCCUACGCAAUGGGAUUUUGUUGUGCAUUAUUGCUUUUUACAUUUACAUUUACAUUUUAGUCAUUUAGCAGACGCUCUUAUCCAGAGCGACUUACAGUUAGUGAGUGCAUACAUUUUCCUAAUAUAACAAUAGGAUUCCAAUUACCUUACAGCCUCUACUCCCCACACAACCUCCAUCAGCCUCCUUCAGUACAUUUUGAAAUUAAUCACAUUCUGCAAAAGGAAAUAGUGCACUCAUUCAAUAACAUCACACCAUCAUAAUCACAGAAGCAGCAGCAAUCUAUGAAAGACUAAAGCAGGGUUCUUCAAUUCCGGUCCUGGAGGGCCGAAACACUUCUGUUUUUUAUUUCUACCUGGUAGUUAAUUGCACUCACCUGCUGUCCCAGGUCUGAAUUAGCCCCUGAUUAGAAGGAGAGGAUGAAAAACAGACGUGUUUCGGCCCUCCAGGACUGGAAUUGAAGAACCCUGGACUAAAGGAAAAAGUACAUUUGUUUCCCUGGUCUUUAAUGUUUCCUGCUUAGUUUGCUGUGUGUGUGUGUGUGUGUGUGUGUGUGUGUGUGUGUGUGUGUGUGUGUGUAUGUGUGUGUGUGUGCGUGUGUGUGGUUAAAUUAACUUUAAUCCUUUUGGGUUCCAAAAGUCCUCACAAGGAUAGUAAAGCAAGUGGGGACAUUUUUCCGGUCCCUAAAAGGAAAAAUGCUAUUUUAGGCUUAGGGGUUAGGUUUAGGGUUAGGGUUAUAAUUAGGGUUAGAGUUAGAAUUAGGGUUAGGGGUUAGGGUUUAGGGGUUAGGAUUAGGGUUAGGAGUUAGGGUUAGUUUUAGGGUUAGGGGUUUGAGGUUAAGGUUAGGGUUAAGGUUAAGGUUAGGGUUAGAUUAAGGGUUAGGGUUAGGUUUAAGGGUGAGGGAAAAUAUGAUUUUUUGGUCCCCACUUGGAUAGUAAAGCCAACAUGUGUGUGUGUGAGUGUGUGCGUGUGAGUGUGUGUGUGUACUUUGCAUGCCAUUUACUACAUGAGGCCGAUCAGACCACAUGUGGCCCAGCAGUUAGCUGUAAUCUUGUUGGCAGGUUUCAUUACAGAACCUGUUUGCCUAGCAUAGACCGCCAUUUAUCAAUCUACAUUUGUAGUACUGUGUUUGUGUGUGUACUGUAUGUUAGAUGCUAUUUAUACAGAACAUUUGUAUAAAACCUGUAUAAACUAUAUUUAUAACUGUGGAGGCUUCUCAGAGGAGGAAGGGGAGGACCAUCCUCAGUGAAUUUCAUAAAAAUAAAAAUGGUAUAACUUUUAAAAAGUUAUCCUUUUCAGAUAAAACUAUACUAAAUAUAAUCACGUCACCAAAUAAUUGAUUAAAACACACUAUUUUGCAAGGAAGGUCUACAGUAGCCUCAACAGCACUCUGUAGGGUAGCACCAUGUUGUAGCCGGAGGACAGCUAGCUUCCAUCCUCCUCUGGGUACAUUGACUUCAAUACAAAACCUUGGAGGCUUGUGGUUCUCACCCCCUUCCAUAGACUUACACAGUAAUUAUGACAACUUCCAGAGGACGUCCUCCAACCUAUCAGAGCUCUUGCAGCAUGAACUGACAUUUUGUCCACCCAAUCAAAUGAUCAGAGAAUUAACCUAGUACUGAAAGCAUAAACUACAGCUAGCUAGCAUUGCAGUGUAUAAAAUGUGGUGAGUAGUUGACUCAGAGAGAGAAAGACAAUGGUUGAACAGUUUUGAACAAAUUAAUUUAUUCCGAAAUGAAGGAGAAACAAGAGAGAAAUAGAGAGUCAUAUUUUUUUCACUUUCACUUUCACUUACUUAGCUAGCAAAUGCAGCUAGCUAGUUUAGCCUACUGAAACACUCUGCUCAAACAGAGGGAUGCUAUGUUAGCUAGCUGGCUAUGACUUUCCAACACAACACUGGAACUCUUCCAAGUCAAAGUAAGCUUUUGGUUUUACUAGAUUAUUACCACCGGGGCCCGCCGGUGUAACUGCUUACUGACUGUACACUGUAACGUUACUGCAUGAUUGUAGCGGGUUUACUAACGCGUUAGUUCUAUUAGCUAUGCUGACUAUGACAUUACUUUAGCUAAUAUGGUGACAACAAUGUAGGCUGUGUGUAGCGGUUUGGCUUGGAAAGGUUUUUUCACCUGGUCACAUACAGCUGAUGUGUUGUGCAUUGAAGUCCACAAGCGAAAGGGAAGAGGUGAGAGGAGAGCACAUAGAUGUGAGAAGGAAUACAACGUGUCUGCUAUAAACAGAAGCAAACGGAACAAAACAAGGAUAAACAUACCUGAAUUUGUCCAAAAUAAACUCUUCUUUGCAACUGUUGGACUAAUGAUUAUACCGUAUAUCAGCUAGCUGCAGGCAAGUCCUCUGUAGCUCAAUUGGUAGAGCAUGGUGCUUGUAAAGCCAGGGUAGUGGGUUUGAUCCCUGGGACUACCCAUACCAAAAAAUGUAUGCACGCAUGACUGUAAGUCGCUGUAGAUAAAAGCAUCUGCUAAAUGGCAUAUUAUUAUUAUAAGAGUGUGCAAGACGGUAUUGAAUGUCACUGUCUGUCACCUCAAAUUUGUCUCUCGACUUGUGUGCACCUACUUUGUAAACUUUAAUUCAUAGGCUAAGUUGUAGCAACCUCAUGAUGCGUAUAUUCCUCUACUGCCAUUCAUUCCAAUUAGACUGUUUUGGAUUUCUCCCUAAACACAAUGGUUGGCCAUUUUCACCCCAUUCUGGAACUGAUGACAUAGCCCCCUCUAAUAAUUAUUCCUCAGUGAGAUGUGACACUGCUAUUCUAUGAGGAGCAGAAGGCAAAGUAAAGUAGAACAUAGCCCUUUCCUGCAGUCAAAUGACCUAGUGGCCUCAUGGGUGGAAUGUUAUUCAUAUUUUUCAUCAUUUCUUAAUUAAUAAAAACGUGCCGGAAAUCCAAUGUUUCUAUGUUAAAACGUUUUUGUUAUAUUUCAGUCUUCUGUGAUGUAUAUAAAGUGUAAUAUUGGGAUGCAAACUCAAAAAUAAAAACAUUUCAGCUCUAAAUCUGACAUGUUACAGGUGUCUUCUUUUGUUUAAGCCCAUAACCCUGUGUGUGAGGUGUAUAAUUGUGUUUCAAAGUAGAUUUGUUUAAGACUACCAAGAAACAGUCUGUGUGACUCUGGUUUAGCCCACUGCAGUAAAACGUUAAUUACAUUUACCAGACGCUCUUAUCCAGAGUGACUUACAGGAGCAAUUAGGGUUAAGUGCCUUGCUCAAGGACACAUUGACAGAUUUUUCACCUAGUAGGCUCGGGGAUUAGAUCCAGCAACCUUUCGGUUACUGGCACAACGCUCUUAACCACUAAGCUACAACAAAGUAGUACUUCAACCCUUUGUGGAGCAUACAGUGAGGGAAAAAAGUAUUUGAUCCCCUGCUGAUUUUGUACGUUUGCCCACUGACAAAUAAAUUGUCAGUCUAUAAUUUUAAUGGUAGGUUUAUUUGAACAGUGAGAGACAGAAUAACAACAAAGACAUCCAGAAAAACGCAUGUCAAAAAUGUUAUAAAUUGAUUUGCAUUUUAAUGAGGGAAAUAAGUAUUUGACCCCUCUGCAAAACAUGACUUAGUACUUGGUGGCAAAACCCUUGUUGGCAAUCAUAGAGGUCAGACGUUUCUUGUAGUUGGCCACCAGGUUUGCACACAUCUCAGGAGGGAUUUUGUCCCACUCCUCUUUGCAGAUCUUCUCCAAGUCAUAAAGGUUUCGAGGCUGACGUUUGGCAACUCAAACCUUCAGCUCCUUCCACAGGCUAGGCCACUCCAGGACCUUAAUGUGCUUCUUCUUGAGCGACUCCUUUGUUGCCUUGGCCGUGUGUUUUGGGUCAUUGUCAUGCUGGAAUACUCAUCCACAACCCAUUUUCAAUGACCUGGCUGAGGGAAGGAGGUUCUCUCCCAAGAUUUGACAGUACAUGGCCCCGUCCAUCGUCCCUUUGAUGCGGUGAAGUUGUCCUGUCCCCUUAGCAGAAAAACACCCCCAAAGCAUAAUGUUUCCACCUCCAUGUUUGACGGUGGGGAUGGUGUUCUUGGGGUCAUAGGCAGCAUUCCUCCUCCUCCAAACACGGCGAGGUAAGUUGGUGCCAAAGAGCUCGAUUUAGGUCUCAUCUGACCACAACACUUUCACCCAGUUCUCCUCUGAAUCAUUCAGAUGUUCAUUGGCAAACUUCAGACGGGCCUGUAUAUGUGCUUUCUUGAGCAGGGGGACAAUGCGGGUGCUGCAGGAUUUCAGUCCUUCAUGGCGUAGUGUGUUACCAAUUGUUUUCUUGGUGACUUUGGUCCCAGCUGCCUUGAGAUCAUUGACAAGAUCCUCCCGUGUAGCUCUGGGCUGAUUCCUCACCGUUCUCAAGAUCAUUGCAACUCCACAAGGUGAGAUCUUGCAUGGAGCCCCAGGCCGAGGGAGAUUGACAGUUCUUUUGUGUUUCUUCCAUUUGCGAAUAAUCCCACCAACUGUUGUCACCUUCUCAACAAGCUGCUUGGCGAUGGUCUUGUAGCCCAUUCCAGCCUUGUGUAGGUCUACAAUCUUGUCCCUGACAUCCUUGGAGAGCUCUUUGGUCUUGGCUAUGGAGGAGAGUUUGGAAUCUGAUUGAUUGAUUGCUUCUGUGGACAGGUGUCCCUUUAAGAGUGUGCUCCUAAUCUCAGCUCGUUACCUGUAUAAAAGACACCUGGGAGCCAGAAAUCGUUCUGAUUGAGAGGGGGUCAAAUACUUAUUUCCCUCAUUAAAAUGCAAAUCAAUUUAUAACAUUUUUGACAUGCAUUUUUCUGGAUUAUUUUGUUGUUAUUCUGUCUCUCACUGUUCAAAUAAACCUACCAUUAAAAUUAUAGACUGAUCAUUUCUUUGUAAGUGGGCAAACGUACAAAAUCAGCAGGGGACCAAAUACUUUUUUCCCUCACUGUUAAUCUAAUAUAGUCACUUUGAGUUCCCUUACAGAAAAACCACAUGAUUUCACUUGUGAAAUUUCCACAUGUAAUAUUUUAUUUCACAUGUGAAGCCAUGUGAUUUUGGGACACUGAUUAUAUUUCACAUGAGGAUUUCACAAGAUGACACCCUGCAAACAGUAAUUACUUGUUAAGAUGUCAAAGGAACUUCACAAAAUAGUCACAGUUUUUUCAACUUACAUAUUUGACUAUGUUGUGUAUGUUUACUUACAGUUGAAGUCGGAAGUUUACAUACACCUUAGCCAAAUACAUUUAAGCUCAGUUUUUCACAAUUCCUGACAUUUAAUACUAGUAAGAAUUCCCUGUCUUAGGUCAGUUAGGAUCACCACUUUAUUUUAAGAAUGUGAUAUGUCAGAAUAAUAGUAGAGAGAAUGAUUUAUUUCAGCUUUUAUUUCUUUCAUCACAUUCCCAGUGGGUCAGAAGUUUACAUACACUCAAUUAGUAUUUGGUAGCAUUGCCUUUAAAUUGUUUAACUGGGGUCAAACGUUUUGGGUAGCCUUCCACAAGCUUCCCACAAUAAGUUGGGUGAAUUUUGGCCCAUUCCUCCUGACAGAGCUCGUGUAACUGAGUCAGGUUUGUAGGUCUCCUUGCUUGCAAACACUUUUUCAGUUCUGCCCACACAUUUUCUAAAGGAUUGAUGUCAGGGCUUUGUGAUGGCCACUUCAAUACCUUGACUUUGUUGUCCUUAAGACAUUUUGCCACAACUUUGGAAGUAUGCUUGGGGUCAUUGUCCAUUUGGAAGACCAAUUUGCGACCAAGCUUUAACUUCUUGACUAAUUUCUUAAGAUGUUGCUUCAAUAUAUCCACAUGAUCUUCCUUCCUCAUGAUGCCAUCUAUUUUCUGAAAUCCACCAGUCCCUCCUGCAGCAAAGCACCCCCACAGCAUGAUGCUGCCACCCCCGUGCUUCACGGUUGGGAUGGUGUUCUUCGGAUUGCAAGCAACCCCCUUUUUCCUCCAAACAUAACGAUGGUCAUUAUGGCCAAACAGUUCUAUUUUUGUUUCAUCAGACCAGAGGACAUUUCUCCAAAAAGUACGAUCUUUGUCCCCAUGUGCAGUUGCAAACCGUAGUCUGGCUUUUCUAUGGCGGUUUUGGAGCAGUGGCUUCUUCCUUGCUGAGCGGCCUUUCAGGUUAUGUUGAUAUAGGACUGGUUUUACUGUGGAUAUAGAUACUUUUGUACCUGUUUCCUCCAGCAUCUUCACAAGGUCCUUUGCUGUUGUUCUGGGAUUGAGUUGCACUUUUCGCACCAAAGUACGUUCAUCUCUAGGAGACAGAAAGCGUCUCCUUCCUGAGCGGUAUGACGGCUGCGUGGUCCCAUGGUGUUUAUACUUGUGUACUAUUGUUUGUACAGAUGAAUGUGGUACCUUCAGGCGUUUGGAAAUUGCUCCCAAGGAUGAACCAGACUUGUGGAGGUCUAUAAUUUUCUUUCUGAGGUCUUGGCUGAUUUCUUUUGAUUUUUCCAUGAUGUCAAGCAAAGGGGCACUGAGUUUGAAGGUAGGCCUUGAAAUACAUCCACAGGUACACCUCCAAUUGACUCAAAUGAUGUCAGUUAGCCUAUCAGAAGCUUCUAAAGCCAUGACAUCAUUCUCUGGAAUUUUCCAAGCUGUUUAAUUCACCGUUAACUUAGUGUAUGUAAACUUCUGACCCACCGGAAUUGUGAUACAGUGAAUUAUAAGCGAAAUAAUCUGUCUGUAAACAAUUGUUGGAAAAAGUAGUUGUGUCAUGCACAAAGUAUAUGUCCUAACCGACUUGCCAAAACUAUAGUUUGUUAACAAGAAAUGUGUGUAGUGGUUGAAAAACAAGUUUUAAUGACUCCAACCUAAGUGUAUGUAAACCUCCAACUCCAAUUGUAUAUAGUCAUUAUUACUCAAAACAUCCUCACCUGGGAUUUGAACUCACAACCUUUCGGGUCACGGCAUUCCAAUUUUCCUGCUACGCCACCAUGUCUGUGUCAAUCAAAUCAAGUCAAAUUGUAUUUGUCUAAUGUGCCGAAUACAACAGGUGUAGACCUUACAGUGAAAUGCUUACUUACAAGCCCUUAACCAAAAAUACAGUUUUAAGAAAGAAUACAACAAAAAAAUCACAAAAAAAUACAAACCAAAAUAAUAUGAAAUAAAAGUAACAAAUAAUUAAAGAGCAGCAGUAAAAAGAAUAAUAGCGAGGCUAUAUACAGGGGGAUACCGGUACUGAGUCAAUGUGUGGGGGCACCAGUUAGUCGAGGUAAUUGUGGUAAUAUGUACAUGUAGGUAGAGUUAUUAAAGUGACUAUGCAUAGAUAAUAAACAGAGAGUAGAAGCAGUGUAAAAUAGGGGUGGGGGGGCAAUGCAAAUAGUCUAGGUAGCCAUUUGAUUACAGUGGGGAGAACAAGUAUUUGAUACACUGCCGAUUUUGCAGGUUUUCCUACUUACAAAGCAUGCAGAGGUCUGUAAUUUUUAUCAUAGGUGCACUUCAACUGUGAGAGACGGAAUCUAAAACAAAAAUCCAGAAAAUCACAUUGUAUGAUUUUUAAGUAAUUAAUUUGCAUUUUAUUGCAUGACAUAAGUAUUUGAUCACCUACCAACCAUUAAGAAUUCCGGCUCUCACAGAUCUGUUAGUUUUUCUUUAAGAAGCCCUCCUGUUCUCCACUCAUUACCUGUAUUAACUGCACCUGUUUUAACUCGUUACCUGUAUAAAAGACACCUGUCCACACACUCAAUCAAACAGACUCCAACCUCUCCACAAUGGCCAAGAACAGAGAGCUGUGUAAGGACAUCAAGGAUAACAUUGUAGACCUGCACAAGGCUGGGAUGGGCUACAGGACAAUAGGCAAGCAGCUUGGUGAGAAGGCAACAACUGUUGGCGCAAUUAUUAGAAAAUGGAAGAAGUUCAAGAUGACGGUCAAUCACCCUCGGUCUGGGGGUCCAUGCAAGAUCUCACCUCGUGGGGCAUCAAUGAUCAUGAGGAAUGUGAGGGAUCAGCCCAGAACUACACGGCAGGACCUGGUCAAUGACCUGAAGAGAGCUGGGACCACAGUCUCAAAGAAAACCAUUAGUAACACACUACGCCGUCAUGGAUUAAAAUCCUGCAGCGCACGCAAGGUCCCCCUGCUCAAGCCAGCGCAUGUCCAGGCCCAUCUGAAGUUUGCCAAUGACCAUAUGGAUGAUCCAGAGGAGGAAUGGGAGAAGGUCAUGUGGUCUGAUGAGACAAAAAUAGAGCUUUUUGGUCUAAACUCCACUCGCCGUGUUUGGAGGAAGAAGAAGGAUGAGUACAACCCCAAGAACACCAUCCCAACCGUGAAGCAUGGAGGUGGAAACAUCAUUUGGGGAUGCUUUUCUGCAAAGGGGGCAGGACGACUGCACCGUAUUGAGGGGAGGAUGGAUGGGGCCAUGUAUCGCGAGAUCUUGGCCAACAACCUCCUUCCCUCAGUAAGAGCAUUGAAGAUGGAUCGUGGCUGGGUCAAUUACAGACCUCUACAUGCUUUGUAAGUAGGAAAACCUGCAAAAUAGGCAGUGUAUCAAAUACUUGUUCUCCCCACUGUAGAUGUUCAGGAGUCUUACGGCUUGGGGGUAGAAGCUGUUUAGAAGCCUCUUGGACCUAGACUUGGCGCUCCGAUAACGCUUGCCGUGCGGUAGCAGAGAGAACAGUCUAUGUCUAGGGUGGCUGGAGUCUUUGACAAUUCUUAGGACCUUCCUCUGACACUGCCUGGUAUAGAGGUCCUGGAUGGCAGGAAGCUUGGCCCCAGUGAUUUACUGGGCCGUACACACUAACCUCUGUAGUGCCUUGCGGUCGGAGGCCGAGCAGUUGCCAUACCAGGCAGUGAUGCAACCAGUCAGGAUGCUCUCGAUGGUGCAGCUGUAGAACCUUUUGAGGAUCUGAGGACCCAUGCUAAAUCUUUUCAGUCUCCUUAGGGGGAAUAGGUUUUGUCGUGCCCUCUUCACGACUGUCUUGGUGCGCUUGGACCAUGUUGGUGAUGUGGUGUUGUUGAGAGGUUGUUGUCCUGGCACCACACGGCCAGGUCUCUGACCUCCUCCCUAUAGGCUGUCUCGUCGUUGUCUGUGAUCAGGCCUACCACUGUUGUGUCAUCUGCAAACUUAAUGAUGGUGUUGGAGUCAUGCCUGGCCAUGCAGUCAUGAGUGAACAGGGAGUACUGGAGGGGUUGAGCACGCACCCCUGAGGGGCCCCUGUGUUGAGGAUCAGCGUGGCGGAUGUGUUGUUACCUACCCUUAACACCUGGGGGCGGCCCGUCAGGAAGUCCAGGAUCCAGUUGUAGAGGGAGGUGUUUAGUUCCAGGUUCCUUAGCUUAGUGAUGAGCUGAUUUAGUCAAUGACUGAUUUCACCUGUAUUCCUACACUUUGGACAUCAAAGUAAAUCUCAGCUUUGUAUAAUACGCUACAAAAUCUAUAAUAUUUAUCAUAGUGAUUCAGGAGUAACAUUAAAACAGAAUAAUAUGCCCCACCAACAUUAGACAACUAUACAGAAAACCCUCAAAUUGCUGAAAUAAGUCAAUGAAAUCAAUGAUGCGAGAAUAGCCAGAAAAAAGGCAUGCUCUUGAACUGUGGUGACUACUAAGUAUUUUUUAAACCUCCCGCUUUGGGCUGGAUUUGUCAAUGUGUAGUUCAUACAUGCAUAAUCUAUGAGCAGAAUUACCGUGUUACCUCAAUUAGCCACGAAAUCCCUAGUUUGAAAGUGACUGUUUUUCUAGAAGUUGUGAUGCGCCAUUUCCCCUACAUUUUCCCCCACAUGGGCCAGCCUCCUAGCAAUUCGAGUUCAACCAAUGAGCUUCAGCCCCUCGCCAUUUGAGUGACAGCUACCAAGAUAUACACACAUCAGAGCAAGAGAGAGAGAGCAAUGACGUGGUGCACAUAUGUGAAUUUUCGGGGACCAAUUUUGGCUCUUGAGUGCUGCUUUCAGAACUACUGGCCAAAACGUAUACAAAAGUACUGGAGCAUCUCUUUAACUGAUAACUAAACUAGCAGUGCAGAUGGCACUCUUUCGCUAAGUGCAUAGAUGUAUUAUAGGUAAUGAAUGUGUAGUGGAAUUCUGAGAAUGCUACAGAUAUUGUGGAGCAGCAGAAAGGUAAAUGUACCCUAAAUCCAGAGGUUGUGAGUUCAAAUCCCACGUGGGCUCAUACUGAAAAGUCAGUACUAAGUCAUCAUUGAUUAAAGCUUUUUACACUAUUUUAGCUGAACAGUUCAAAACUGCCAUACCAUUUACCAUUUACCUAAAAAAAUACAUACCAUUUCAUUAUUUCCUGUGAAAUUUGCAAUUGCACAAUGUGAAAUUGUGUGAAAAAAAAGAGACACGUGAGGUCAGAUGUUCACAUGUUAACACCACCUUUUCACAUGUCAAAAUAGUAACAUGGUUUCACUUCACAUGUGAAUUGCAGCUUCACAUGUGGAAUUGCAAGUUCAAAUGUGAAAAACAAACACGUGAAAAUCACAUUUGCAGUUCCACAUGUAAGAAACAUUCAAAUGUGAAAAUACAACUCUCACAUGUAGAAUUGCAUUUUUACAUGUGAUAAACAUUCAAAUGUGAAAAUCGAUUUAGCAGUUUUACAUGUGAGAAACAUUCAAAUGUUGUCAUAUGUGUAGUUUCAUUGUAUCACAUGUUGAAAUUUUGCAUCCCCAUGUUGUCACAUUUAUUUCACAUGAUAUCAAAUGUUUUCACGUGUAGUUUCAUCUUAUCACAUGUUGCUUUUACAUGUUGUCACAUGUUAUCACAUUAACUUCACAUAAAAUCACAUGUGAAACAGGGGGGGGGGGGGUAAUUACAAACACCACCUUUCAGCCCGGAGCAAAAAAAGGCUUUGAGAACAUCAAUGGGAUAUUUUACUUGAAUUCCAGAGAGUUCAGUGACAGUAUAUAUGCACUCCAUCAUAUAUACUGUAACAGUAAUGGUAAAACAUUUUUCUGUCAUGUAACUCAUUUCUCAAUAUACGCUGUGAUGACGGGACUAUUGGAGAACAAAACCCAGGAAAUAAUAUACUAUUUAUUUUGGUGUCUAGUAUAGUCAUGUGUGCUAUAGCUCUGCUGUCUAACCCAUGACCUUUACCUCCAGAUCACAUUUCUACUAUCCUGCACGCAUCACAAACAGGUUAUUGCAUGUGCAGUUUCUAUGAGGGUGAAAACCUUCCUUAAGCUUGUUUCUUUGUUGCAAUAGUUACCAUAAUGUUCAUUAGAUAUACAGUAAAUAUAGUUAGAAUAAUGUAUAUAAUACUAGUAUUGUUUAAAGGGCCAAUCUGCAGUUGAAACAAUAACAAAGCCGUCACCCGCCUCUGUUUUGGUAAAAAACGGAGGGACGGGAGAAAUGUAACCACUCUCAGACAGAGCUAUGGAUGCCAGGACUGACCCUCCGUGAUACAGAGCUAUGGAUGCCAGGACUGACCCUCCGUGAUACAGAGCUAUGGAUGCCAGGACUGACCCUCCGUGAUAUAAACAUAACAGUUUUACCCAUGUUUUGAGAGGCUAUACAGUGUUUGUUUACAAUUACAAUGUUAACAAACAGAGUAAAACAAGCUUAUAUUUCGGGGUCUUAUAGGGUAUGAGUCCAAAAAUGGAUGGAGCAACUGCAGAUUGCUGCUUUAAGAAUUAAGAACAGUACAAUUGAAAUGAAAUAAUUAUGUUACUUUUAUCCUCCUUACAAAUAUAUUAUUUAUUCUAUAAUUGGAAACUGAAUCAACUGGUGACCUUUUUUGGACACUGUAACUCUACAUGUCCCUUAAAACAUCCCUGUCACUCUGUGGCCAGCAGGACAUAGUCACACACAAACACAGGCCAGGCCAUCUUAUCUUCCUACAUAGAGGAAAAAGUUUGCCUCCUGCAGGUUCAACUUGGUUUUAGCUUUUUGAAUUGGUUGUCAUUGGAGAAAAAUAUAACAGAGUGGAAAAUAUAAUAUAGUUGUCACGAUCGUUGGAGGAAAUGGACCAAUGCGCAGCGUGAUUUGCGAACAUACUUAUUUUAUUCCACACGAAACAAAACGAUAACGUGAAGUCCUUGGUUACAAUACAAAACCAACACGGAACAAGAUCCCACAAAACACUGUGGAAAACAGGCUGCCUAAGUAUGGUUCCCAAUCAGAGACAACAAGCAACAGCUGAUACUCGUUGCCUCUGAUUGAGAACCACCCCGGCCAACCCAGAAACACAUGAGCUAGAUAAUCAACCUAGAACACAAAACACAUAGAAACGACACACCCUGGCUCAACAUAACAGAGUCCCAGAGCCAGGGCGUGACAGUACCCCCCCCCCAAAGGCGCGGACUGCGACCGCGCCAAACAUAAACCGAACAGGGGAGGGCCGGCUCCGGGCUUGACCACCACCCUCCGUAGCGCCCCUGGUCCGGUCUGGCCCCGCUGGCUGGAGCUGGACUGGACAUCGGUGGAGCGGAUUGCUUAGGCUCCGAUGUGGAGCAGCUGACCGGUACCUGACCAGGCACCGGUGACCCAGGCACGGGCUGUGCCGGACUGACGACGCGCACCACAGGCUUGGUGCGGGGAGCAGGAACGGGCCGGACCGGGCUGACGACGCGCACCACAGUCUUGGCGCGGGGAGCAGGGACGGGCCGAACCGGGCUGACGAAGUGCACCACAGGCUUGGUGCGGGGAGCAGGGCCGGACCGGGCUGACGAUGCGCACCACAGGCUUAGUGCGGGGAGCAGGGACGGGCCGAACCGGGCUGACGAUGCGCACCACAGGCUUGGUGCGGGGAGCAGGAACGGGCCGGACCAGGCUGACGACGCGCACCCCUGGCUUGGUGCAGGGAGCAGGAACAGGCCAGGCCGGGCUGGCGACGCGCACCUUUGGCUUGGUGCGGGGAGCAGGAACAGGUCGGGCCGGGCUGGCGACGCGCACCAUUGGCUUGGUGCGGGGAGCAGGAACAGGCCGGGCCGGGCUGGCGACGCGCACCAUUGGCUUGGUGCGGGGAGCAGGAACAGGUCGGGCCGGGCUGGCGACGCGCACCAUUGGCUUGGUGCGGGGAGCAGGAACAGGCCGGGCCGGGCUGGCGACGCGCACCAUUGGCUUGGUGCGGGGAGCAGGAACAGGCCGGGCCGGGCUGGCGACGUGCACCAUUGGCUUGGUGCGGGGAGCAGGAACAGGCCGGGCCGGGCUGGCGACGCGCACCGUAGGAUUGGUGCGAGAGGCAGGAACAGGCCAGACCGGGCUGGCGACGCGCAUCACAGGCUUGGUGCGAGGGACAGGAACAGGCCGGACCGCACUGGGAACACACACCACUGGCCUUACCCGGGGUUCAUGAAUGGGCCGGACCGGACUGGCAACACACCUCAGUACCUCUCGCCGUGCCUCUACAUUUUCCUUCCCUCUACUCGCCAAUGGCUCCCGUAACCCGGUGGCCUUCUCUCCUCGUCCACUAACUCACCCCUUAUCUGCCUCCAGCAGCCCCGUUGUCCACGGUGUGAGCCCCCCCCCCCUAAAAAUGUAUUGGGUUUGUCUCUCCCCCGAUGCUAUGGCCUCCAUGGCUCUCGCCAGACUCUCCAUCUUCUGCUCCCAAGUCCAACCUCUCUCCUCCUCACGCGGCUUGACCCAGUCGAGGUUGAUAUCCAUUAGAUUCACCUCUGGCGUUGGCUCCUGGACACGCUGCUUGACCCAGUCGAGGUGGACAUCCAUUAGAUUCACCUCUGGCGUUGGCUCCUGGACACGCUGCUUGGUCCAGUUAUGGUGGGAUCUUCUGUCAAUGGCUGAUGUGGAUGUGGUGUAGGAGUCAGGCGCAGGACACAGAAGCUACUUCCAACAGACUUUACUAGAGGACACGACAAUACAAAGAAAAGGGCCUCAACAAAAACAAGGAGGCGAGCGAUUACGCAACAGUGCGCAAAAAUACUCCAAUGCACAAGAAUACGCAAAAGUGCGUCUGGACUCUAAACACAAUAGAGCAAAAUACCAGCACCUACGGACAGGCGGAACAAGAUCCCACAAAACACUGUGGAAAACAGGCUGCCUAAGUAUGGUUCCCAAUCAGAGACAACAAGCAACAGCUGUUACUCGUUGCCUCUGAUUGAGAACCACCCCGGCCAACCCAGAAACACAUGAGCUAGAUAAUCAACCUAGAACACAAAACACAUAGAAACAACACACCCUGGCUCAACAUAACAGAGUCCCAGAGCCAGGGCGUGACAAUAGUAAUUGUUGUGAAACAUUUAUGAACUAUUUUCUUCUCGGAAAAGUCAUGUGAAAUUAGCUAAUGUUUGGUGCAUAAUGCAGUAAAUACUGGAUUUUUAGAUUAAAUAAAAUCAAGAAUCAGUUAUGAAAAGAGCAUCAUGCUAUAAUCAUUUGUCUGUAUAUUGCAGGUUUCAUUUCCAUAUAUUUAGGCCUUGUUUCGGUUGUGUGUGUGUGUUGGUGUGUUUGUGUGUGUGUGUGUGUGUGUGUGUGUGUGUGUGUGUGUGUGUGUGUGUGUGUGUGUGUGUGUUUGUGUGUGUGUGUGUGUGUGUGUGUGUGUGUGUGUGUGUGUGUGUGUGUGUGUGUGUGUGUGUGUGUGUGUGUGUGUGUGUGUGUGUGUGUGAGUGUGUGUGAGUGUGUGUGUGUUUACUGAAGAGGACAACAGAUAUGUGUGUGGCUGAGUGGAAGACCUUGAACAAUGAGUUAUUACCAGGACAACUUCACACAGGGAAUUCUUUCAGGAACACACACUUCCUUGACUGUUAACAAAAUGUCUUAUUUAACUCACUAAAAGAAAACACAUACUAAUGUAUUGAAUUAAAGAUUGUUUCCUUUUUUAUGGUCUGUCAAAUAGUUUAAAAGUACAAUUUUAUAUAAUAUUGUCUUUCUGACUGUUCCCAUACUUCCCAGGGUCCUGAACCAUCUCUCUAUGAACGCCAUAGCCAGCCACUCCUUUGACGGUCUGAGAAGAGUCCAGCAUAUGUGAGUAUCAAAUAUCAAUCUGGGGUUGAUCCAUAUCAAUUCAAUCGCUUUUUGACCACACUCCUUUUGAUUACGAAUUAUUCAAAAUAACCUGUUUUUGCUUGGUGCGUCUUUUAGAGAAAUUGGUCAAAGUGUCGCCUUGGAAACCAUAGAGACCCUUGCAUUCAACAACCUUCUGGACCUCAAUGAAAUGUGAGUGUGCUCCCCCCCAGGGGUAGAAAAUGGAUCCUCAUAGAAAGAGUUUAGUCUGCUUUCUUGUAUGGGCUGAUCUUUUUUUCAAGACGGUGUUCUAGAUUUGCAGGUGAUGUUUGUGACGUUAAGUAAUAUGUCAUUGCAAGUGACGUAUAACUAAUAUGUCAGCUUGGGUGACAUACAGUAUAACUACAAUGAUUAAACGUCACUAUACAUUUACAUUUUAGUCAUUCAGCAGACGCUCUUAUCCAGAGCGACUUACAGAUAGUGAGUGCAUACAUUUUUCAUACUGGCCCCCCGUGGGAAACGAAUCCACAACCCUGGCGUUGCAAGCGCCAUGCUCUACCAACUGAGCUACAGGGGACCACUACUGUGACGUAUUCUACUGAGCCCAUGUUCCGAAUAUAUAAAAGGGACUGGCUGAAAUCAGGCGGGUCCUGUAUGUCAGAUGUGUGCUGUAUGUGACGUCAUAUACAUUUUUGUUUUGCAGCUUCAUUAAGAACACACGGAGCCUGGUGCACAUCGCUCGAAGGACGUUCAACAACCUUCCUAAGCUGCGUUAUCUGUGAGAGGCCUUCUGAACUUUAAGAGAUACCAGAUACCAUACCGUACUAUACUAUGUUUGUGUCUCAAAUGGCACCCUAUUCCCUUUACAGUCCACUACUUUGUAUUCCCUUUAUAGUCCACUACUUUGUAUUCCCUUUAUAGUCCACUACUUUGUAUUCCCUUAUAGGGCUCUGGUCAGAAGUAGAGCACUAUAAAGGCAAUAGGGUGCCAUUUGGCACGCAGCCUAUCUCUCUCUCUGCAUAGUGAGGGCUCGUUCCUCUCUAGAUAAUACUACUAGUCUGGUUUAUUCAUUCACAUACUUUCUCAUACUCUGCUACAACAUACAUGUUGACACUUUGACUUCACAAUAGUUCAUUUCAGUUCAGUAAAUCUUUAUUGUUCCCAGUGUAUAUGCUAUGUGUACAAAACAUUAUGAACACCUGCUCUUUCCAUGACAUAGACUGACCAGGUGAAUCCAGGUGGAAGCUAUGAUCCCUUAUUGAUGUCACAUGAGACAUGGAUUGUGUAUGCGUGCCAUUCAGAGGGUGAUUGGGAAAGACAAAAUAUUUAAGUGCCUUUGAACUGGGUAUGGUAGUAGGUGCCAAGCGCACCGGUUUGAGUGUGUCAAGAACUGCUGCUGGGUUUUUCACGCUCAACAGUUUUCCGUGUGUAUCAAGAAUGGUCCACCACCCAAAUUACAUCUGUGGGAGGCAUUGGAGUCAACAUGGGCCAGCAUCCCUGUGGAACGCUUUUGACACCUUGUAGUCAAUGCUCUGACGAAUUGAGGCUGUUCUGAGGGAAAAAGGGGGGAGGUGUUCCUAAUGUUUUGUACACUCAGCGUAUAUUGUACAUAAAAUACAUAGAAACCAUAUGAUACAACAUACAUAAGCAAGACCUCAGUAAGGUAAUGCAAAUAGGUUAUUAUUGUGUUAUGAAGUAAUGUAAUACAGUCUUGUUAUGCAUUAACAGGAGUAUAUCCAACACUGGGAUAACAGUGUUCCCUGACAUGACUUCUAUCCAUUCUCUGGAACCUUGGAACCAAAAUUUUGUCUUGUAAGUAUGUGAGAAAAAAAAGAGGUGCUCCAACAACAUGAGAAGAGGUGUGGCCUUAAAUCCUAGUGGAGUCCAUAAGAGGUAGAGGUGCGACACUCUCCAUUAAAACAAUUAUUUUUAUUAGAAAUUCAUUAAAAACACUGUGACUUUCAUCAGACAGAGUCUUGUAAGUAUGGGUCAGUGUUGUUGAAGGGCUUGUCGACACUGUUGAAAAGUAAAUAUAGGUCUAAACAGUAUUAUAUCAACUUAAUCCACAUUUUGUCUUACAGGGAUAUCUGUGACAAUCUCUAUCUUCUGACAAUACCAGAAAAUGCUUUCGUUGGCAUGACAACUGAAUAUACUGCAAUGUAAGUACUGUGUUAUUAUAAUGGGUAGGCCUACUUUUUCCAAUCCAAAGGAGAAUAUAGUCCUAAAAACCUGAAGUGUGAAAAUGAUAUUGCUAUACUGAAUGACAUUUAAAGUCACUAACUCUCAUUAUUGCCUACUCCAGAUCUGGGAUCUAGGCCCCUUUGGUGUUAACAUUGUUUUCUCUCUAUUCCAGGAACCUGUUUAACAACGGCAUUAGAGAAAUACAAGACUAUGCCUUUAAUGGGACCAAGAUAAAUAAAUUGUACUAUUGUACAUACUUUUAACAUUUCCCAAAAAAUGUUUUGCAAUGAUAGCAUCUGUAUCAAUAAACAAUGCUAUUUACAUCUACUUUGUUUUAUGUGUUCUCAGGGUUUUAAAGAAUAACCGAAACCUCAGAGUGAUCCAUAGGGAAGCUUUUAAAGGAGCAGUGGGCCCUAGGAUACUGUAAGUGACAUGCUUAAAGUCUAUCAUUAUUUGAUCUUUAUUCUAUGUAUCCUUUAUUUAGACAGGUUAUCACAAUAUAAUCUGAAGUCAUGGUAACCUUCCCACAGCUGCAGGAAUCAACUACACAUACUAGAAAGGCAUGCAGUACACACACUGUAAGUCACUGUAGAAGUUGAAAAUCUAUCUAAUGCAUUGGUAUAUGUAAUAACCUCAAUACCCUCUGUAUCCUCUGUACUGAGUGAGUGAGUGAGUGAGUGAGUGAGUGAGUGAGUGAGUGAGUGAAUGAGUGAGUGAGUGAGUGAGUGAGUGAGUGAGUGAGUGAGUGAGUGAGUGAGUGAGUGAGUGAGUGAGUGAGUGAGUGAGGGAAUGAGUGAGUGUGUGAGUGAGUGAGUGAAUGAGUGAGUGAGUGAGUUACGAUUAUGACAGUUCCCAUCCAUUCUGAAUCAUUUGCCAUGUCUGUAAUUAGAGCUCUGAUGAAUGAGUGAGUGAGUUCAUUAGUGAAUGAGAGAAUUCAUUAAUUAAUAUCUUUAUUAUGAUUGUGUUUUGGCUGUAUGUUUUCCAGAGAUGUCUCGUCAACGGCGAUAGAGACUUUGCCGUCCCAUGGCCUAGAUUCUGUUGUGGAGCUGGUUGCCCGUACAGCCUACGGCCUAAAGAGACUACCCCCUUUCAUGGGUCUGGGGAACCUAGAGAAGGCACACCUCACCUACAACAGCCACUGCUGUGCCCUUCUCACCUGGGACACACACAGGUGGCAUAUCCCAUUCACACCAGAGGAGGCUGGUGGGAGGAGCUAUAGGAGUAAUGGCUGGAAUGGAAUCAAUGGAAUGGUAUCAAGCACAUCGAACAUAUGGAAACCACAUGUUUGACUCUGUUCCAUUUAUUCCAUUCCAGCCAUUACAAUGAGCCCUUCCUCCUAUAGCUCCUCCAACUACCCUCUUCUGAUUCACACCAGGAGCGAGCGUCACAGGCGGAGUUUGAACCUGGGUCUCCCACGGGAGAAACCAGCAUCUUGGCCAUUAGACCAAGAGGAAACGUCCUUUUGGGCCGAGGGACAGUGAUUUCAGCUAUUCGAGGGAUAUAACUAGUAAUUAAGUGGGCUAUUGCUGGUAAAAGUUUGAAAUUAAUGAGACUAUAGUCUUCAAUGCCCUUCAAAUGAAUCCCAUGAAUUGUUUACAGGAUGCAGCUUGAGUCAGUCUCUAGGGCAUGGGUUAAAGAUAAUGUAAUCUCAGAACCCAAAACCAAAUAGUGUUUGCUGGCCAGCUAGCAGUCUAUCACCAGAGACUAAAUAUAUUGUAUCUCAUUUGAGGUUGGGGGCCCCGGUGCAUGUUCCCUGCGUGCCCGUUUGGUAAUCCGGCCCUGUGUGUGUGUGUGUGUGUGUGUGUGUGUGACUCGGCUCUCAUGCCACUCUUCUUAUUGCUGUUAACCAAAUCAAAUUUUUAUGCCCUAAUAUAAGUGAUACUCUACCACUGCUUUGUGUUAAUGUCUUGAGAAUCAAAAACAUAUGUCUCUCUGACUGACUGUUUCCCCAAAGCACAUCAGCACAAGAUCAAAGCAUGACCAUGUUGCAGUUCCCCUUGAGACAGGCAGCAAGAGGUCAGGGGGCCCACAGAUAGCAUAUGAUAACAAAAUGUGUAGAAUUGCAGAAAAUUUGCUUUAAAACUGCAACAUGUUCUCUCAGCCUCAUGGCAAAAUGUGUAUAAUAGCAUUAUAAAACUGCCAAUUUUUCUCGCUGCAAAAUGUGUUGAAAUGAAGGAGGUCGGUGCUGCACACACACACACACACACACACACACACACGCAUUCACACACACACAUACAGUUGUGUUUUCAUGAAAUGUCAAUACUUUUUGUAGUGUGCAUUCUUUUCCCAUAUAAAUAUAUAUAUUUUCCUUAACCCCUAACCCUAAACCUAACCCUAAUACUUAACCUAACCCUAACCUUAUACCCAAAAACCCUAAGCCUAACCCUAACCCCAAAACCCUUAAGCAUAAAAUAGCAUUUGAACAAAUUCAGGACCUGAAAAAGGUUAUUGUUUUCCUACCUUUUCAGGACAUUAAGGUGAAAUGAUAGGGCAUUGGGGUCCUGAUAAUAUAGGAAAACAAGUGCACACACCCACACCCACACCCACACCCACACCCACACCCACACCCACACACACACCCACACCCACACACACACUUUGUCUCUCUCUUUCUCUUUCUCCCGCGCUCUCUCUCUCUUUUACUGUAAUCAUUCAAGCUCACAGGCCUAACAACAUAGGAUCAUAAAUGGGAACAAUAUCUGUUUCAGUCUGUUGCAGUUUAUCAAUGAGGUUCACAAUGAAAUCAAGACCAGACACUCAUGGUAGUAGGCUCCAAAUAUAGAGAUGGAAAAGAGAGAGCACCUCCUAUCUUUGCGAUCAUGGCUUCUGUGACGGCAUGGGCAGUGCCAUUGUGGGCUAUCUUGUGGCAAGUGUGCCGUCUACACAUCUCUAUGGCUCCAAGCUGAUUUUGAACACAUAUUUGAUUUACCUCUAUCUCCUCUAGGGAUUCUCCAAUCAAUGCAGCACGACAUAAUGGAUCUAGGCCUACGUAUUGCGAUCACAGUCCGUCUGAAAAGUGAGGUUUCAUUUCCUUCUUUGUUUGCUACUUCAGUAGUUUAAAUGUCCAGUGCAGCCAUUUUUAUCUCAAUAUCAAUUCAUUUCUGGUUAACAAUUAAGCACCUUAUUGUGAUUGUUUUAAAUUACAAUUGUCAAAAAUAAUCAAAAAAGCUUCUUAGCAAAGGGCAAUUUCUCAAGCAAGAAUUUUGAGUGGGGAGGGGAAAACUGACAAUUAGCUAUUUAUUGGCAGAGAGGUUUGGAACUCUCUUUCUUAUUGAUUUAUUAACUAAUUUACCGCAUGGUGAUGUCACAAUGGAAGGCCAAAACUGAAAUUUCAGGCAGUCUUUUCAAACAGCUCUUACACUAAAAGGGCAGUAUCAUCAUUUUCACAAGUGUACAGUAUUACUCCAACCUCAUAGUGUGGAAAUAUAUAUUAAACACAGGAAAAUCACAUUUUUGACUGCACCUUUAAAAACUCUAAAGUCUGAGUUCCCCAAAUAAUUAUUCAUUACAUCAUAGAAUUGCUAAGUUUGUAGAUUCAUCCAUUUUGACUUAGAGACAUCUUCACUGAAGGUGCCUUAUUUGCCUAAUUCCUAAUUUGAGUAAUGAAUCAUCUACUGAUUAUGACUUUUCAGGGAGCCCAGUUAAACUAUCUGAUUGGAAAUGCCACUACCUGUCUGAACUUUAGUGAACUGUUUUUCAUCCAGUCCUGAAAUACUAGUGACACAUCCUGAUCAAUCAUGACCUUUCAGUCAUGACCUUUCAUCUCUCCACCUUUGAACUAUGGAAACAGGUUUUUCUAUCUAGCCAAUGGACUGUAGCCUCAUAUUACCAGACUCAUUUAUGUAAGUAUGUGAGAUCCGGCUGGCUCACGAAGCUAAAUGCAUUGGUCUUCAGUCGAAAAGAAAUGUCAAUAUAAUUAUACAGUCAUAAAACUUUAGUGACCAUUGACCUGUUCUUUACAGCUCUCGCUUCCUGUACCACCAGGUCUCCAGGUGUUAUGGUGGAUUCAUCCAACACAUCCCUACUGGUGGAAAUACCUGGAAUAACCGAAGAUGUUGAUUAUGAGUCCUACGGAGGUGUGGAUUUCCAGUAUCCAGAACUAGGGUUAUAUUGUCAGACCAGACCAACCCUCCAGUGCACACCAGAGGCUGACGCCUUUAACCCGUGUGAAGACAUAGCAGGUAGAAUCAAGAAUUGCUGCGCUCAACUCAGCUUAGUCCCUAAGCAAAAGUCUUUGGGUGCAGGGUUAAAAAUACAUAAACUGGGGAAGGAAAACCCUAAUUCACUGUAAUAGUCUUAAGACGUUUUAAUGUUCUUUUAAGCAGUCAAGCGGUCAAACAAACGGACAUGUUUCGGCAACAGCCUUUUUCAGCGUUGAAAGAACAGUAGGCCUAGGCAUGAUGCACCCAUAUACAGAGAUGACAUCACUUUGUCGUACUGUCUCCUUUCCACUGUUAUUUUACUGUUGUUUUACUAUCUUAGUUAUUUCUUAAUUUUAUUUUUGUUUAAUUUUAUAUAAUUUUGUUACGCACCAUUAAAUGCAUUUUCUGUAAGAAAUGUGUUAUACAAAUCAAGUUUGAUUGAUUGAGUUUGACUGAUUUUCCCAUGUUAACUCCAGGUUUCAGUUUUCUCAGAGUCGCCAUCUGGUUCAUCAACAUCCUGGCGAUCGCCGGCAACCUGACGGUCCUCCUCAUCUUCUUCUUCAGCAGAUGUAAACUCACCGUGCCACGCUUCCUCAUGUGUCACCUGGCCUUUGCUGACUUCUGCAUCGGUGUCUACCUCCUCAUGAUUGCCGUAGUUGACCUCCGCACCCGAGGCCACUACAGUGAGCACGCCAUCGAUUGGCAGACGGGGGCGGGUUGUAGUGCGGCGGGCUUCCUGUCUGUGUUCGGUGGGGAGCUGUCGGUGUACACGUUGUCGACUAUCACUCUGGAGCGCUGGCAUACGAUAACUCAUGCCUUGCAGCUGGAGAAGAGGCUAGGCCUGGCGCAGGCUGCUGGCAUCAUGGCUGGAGGGUGGUUGAUCUGUCUGGGGAUGGCCAUGCUCCCCCUGGUGGGGGUCAGUAGCUACAGCAGGGUAUAUGAUACACUAUGUACUAUUAAAAGAAAAACACCAGAACCAUGGACGGCAGAGCGUACCUAGUGCUUCUGAAAAGAAUAGCGGCCAACAUUUUCUGUUCAUUUUCCAAUUAUUCUACAUGUUGAAUCCACACAAAUAGCCACCACUAGUCUGCACCCAGCAGGUGCUUGCUAUAACACACCGCGGCGACAGGAAGUGAUGGCCAUCCAUCGUUGUCGCUAUGACACAUUGCGGCAACAGCAAGCGAUGACUGUCCAUUGUUGUGUUUAAAACACACUGCGACGACAGCAAGCGAUGGCCGUCCAUCGUUCUGGGGUGCUCUUUACAUUAUUGUCCCAGAGAAGAAAAUUGGUUAGGACACUUUUUUUCAGUACUGCUGUAUACAAAAUAACACAAUAAAUAUAUUCCAGGUGAGUAUGUGCCUUCCCAUGGACAUCAAGACUCCUCUGGCCCAGGCCUUCAUCCUCCUGCUCCUCCUCUUCAACGUGGGGGCGUUCCUGGUGGUCUGUGUCUGCUACGUUCUCAUCUACCUGGCAGUACGGAACCCCCAGUUCCCCGGCCGCAGCGCAGACGCCAAGAUCGCUAAGCGCAUGGCUGUCCUCAUCUUCACAGACCUCCUCUGCAUGGCGCCCAUCUCAUUCUUCGCUAUAUCCGCAGCCUUUAAGGUUCCGCUCAUCACUGUCACCAACUCCAAGAUACUCCUGGUGCUGUUCUUUCCUAUCAAUUCCUGUGCCAACCCUUUCCUCUAUGCCAUCUUUACUAAAGCUUUCAGGAAAGAUGUCUAUCUGUUACUGAGUAACAUGGGCUGCUGCGAGAGUAAAACUAAUAUGUACCGGAUGAAGGCCUAUUGCUCUGAGAAUGUGGUGAAGAGUCGUUCUGGGAACAAGGGCACUCUGCUUUGUACAACACUUAGGAUGGACCCUCUGCCACUGCAGAGCCAACAGCUGAAAGAUGAUGGAGAUUAG